UUGCACUAAGCUUGUCAAACGGACAACACACGAAAUUAUAUACAAAAACAACAACAUGGCAAAACUCACAGUUUCAUUGUUUCUAAGCGUCUGUUUAUCGCUGCAGCUCGGCGCAGCUUUCCCUUAUCAAAACUCAUUGAAUUCCAUAGACGAUAAUGAUGUCAAAUCUAAUGAACUGCAGUACUCCAAGGCCACAGAGUCAACGGCAGCUGAUUUUCUCAAAUCGCUUCAGCCAGUGAUCCUUAAUACGCUUGCCGUCCUUCAAGACCAUUCGAAUACGCUCAUACAAGAAACGAGCAAAUUUGUCGAUGACCUGCUGGUCGAACUGAAUGCAUUACCAGAGGCGAAUGAAUAUGUUCAGGAGCUCAUUCCAGAAUUGACGAACCUUUUAGAUCGCAUGGAGACAAUUGAAUUGCACGAUGAUUCGCCACAUGUGUUACGCGAAAAGGCGGCACUUUUAAGAGCCAUUGCAAAAAUGUAUGUGGACUUUGAUCGCGUACAGAAGGGUAUCGAUGAGAACGCGGAUCAUGCUGUGUUAAGAGAAGUUUUUGCAAAAUUGGAAUUGGCCGAACUCAAUGAACGUGUUGGCAAGAGUGUGCGGGCAGCCGUGCAAAAAUUCACGGUCGUUUUUGAACGUUUCUGGAAUUCGCUAAGCGAAGCUGAAAAGGCGGACCACAAGGAUAUGAGCGAGUGGUAUGAGCGUUUUGAAGCUAAAGAAAAUGCGCAAGAGAAAUUCAAAAGUUUCGUUGAAUUCCUGCACAUUAUUGAAAAGAUAGUUAGAAAUAAAAAUUAAAAGCUCGUUUGAAAUUGUACAUAUGCAACUAGUAUGUAUAUCCAUAUAUCCAUUAGUAGUAGUAAGUAGAUAAGAAUUUCGAAAUAUUGUACUUAAGUUUAAUGGAAAACUCAUUAAAAAAAUAAAUCAAUUUUAUUUAAAUCA